UGCAGUUGCAACUAGGAACCAAUUGUAGAAGCUGCACCAUGAAACUUGUUAUAUCUGUCUUCGUCAUUGUUUUACUAAACUGUGCCAUGAAUUGUCUUGGUGCAGACACUAACAGAGAAGAAAAGAAUCACAAUAAAAACCAACAUGAGCAACAACAUAAGCAUAGCAUCAUUGGUGGUACAUAUGCUACUAUGUGUCAAUUUCCUUGGAUGGUAGCAUUGUUGAUAACUACAAACAAAGGUGAAUUCCUGUGUGGUGGAUCGAUAAUUGAUAACCAGCAUAUAUUGACUGCAGCUCAUUGUGUAAAAGGCGCCAAAGAAGUCCUAGUUUCGGCUGGAGGAAAUAGCCGAUACAAAAUGGAAGUACAGAUGGUUGUUGAUAAAUCCAACAUACAUGCUAAUCAAAAUUACACCGGACCAGACUUGUUCCAAAAUGACAUCACAGUUCUGACUUUACCGAGGAAACUAAUUUUUAGUGACUGCAUUCAACCAAUAGCAGUUGCGCAACCUGGUGAAAGUUUUUAUAGUAAUUGCAUCAUUGCUGGUUGGGGUGAAACUAGAGCUGGAAAAGCAACAAAAUACUUAAAAACUGCUGAAGUCCAACUGCUCGUAUCGUCUGAAUGCAGAAUGUUCUUUCCAGAUGUCACCAGUCAGCAAGUUUGUGGAGGAUCAGGUUAUUGGAUGGGUCCAGAAGCAUGCCAUGGAGACUCUGGUGGUCCUUUGAUGUGUUUCAAUGCAGUAACUGAAGAAUUAACUAUAGUAGGUAUCACUUCUUAUGGUGCAGCUAAAUGUCAGAAUGGAAUGGGCGUUUACGAAAAUGUGGCACAUUUUGUUUCUUGGAUUAACAGAAUGAGAAAUACUUAAUCACGAUUUGAUUAUUGAAUUGAAAACAAUAAAAUGCAAGCAUGUGAUAUUAAAUAAAUGUCAAAUUAUCUCAAGAA